AUGGCCAAUGCGGUAACCGGUUCUCAGCCCAAUCAGGGACGACGGCUGUCGAUAACUACCUUGGGCCUUUCUGGUUCUCCGACCCAAACUUCUCCGUUUGGACCCCGGCACAUUCGACACGGCAGUGUGUCCAGUUCUGUGGGAUCAAAUUCGGCGAACCUGGAGGAAGCCGUCAUGGAAGAUAGUGAGAACGGUCCCCCCAACGCUACCCCUAAUUCCCCCUUUACACGGCGCCUCUCUUUUGGAGCACAGGCGUUGCGCGAUGCCCGUGUGGGGAGCAUUGGCAACGGUAGAUAUCCCUCUCCUACAUCUUCGAUGGCUGAUGGGCGACGAACUGCGUCGCUGACUAGCAUACCUUCUGCCCUUAGCCCCACAAGCUCAAUUGCUGCAAGUACAUACCAAAAUUUGCCCCAGAACGAUAGUUCUAACGCAUCAUGGCGACAAUUAGGCGAAGGCUUCAACUGGUCUGAGGCUCUACGCACCCGGGCCGAGCGAGCGCCGUCUUUGGGUGUCAUUUCACCUAAUUCAGCUCAAAACCAAAAUAUGGUCAACACGAGCCAGCAAGGUCACCAUCAGCGAGCUGCAUCAGUUGCCUCAAUGGAGCAACCGGCUCGGGAAUUACCAAAGCAACCUAAGCAAAAUAAGCCCGACUUUUUCCAGGAGAAGAUUCUUCGAGGUGAUUUCAUGGACUGA